GGGUAUUUUGACGUAACGUUCUUUUAGGGGUUUUUGAGGCAAUGGCGAGCGACAUCGACAAAGGGAACUUUGGCGACAGCGCCCGUAAUACAACCGUGUACGAUUUGAAAUCGAGAAAUUCCAAUCAUGUUUUCGAUGGUGCUGGUGAAAAUAUUCAAUAUUACAGUGAUUCAGAAUCCGUUGCUUCGAGAAAAAGUAAAACACGUUACAUAAAUCCGGCCAUUUAUAUUGAACCAGUGGAGUCGACGCAUUCUGUGACAUCUCUGCAUACAGACUCGUGCAUCUCUGACGUCACGCCGCAUCCACAUAGUAGUUAUAGGAGUAACUCAACCCCACUACUGAGUGGUCGUGGCUCGAGUGUCUCGUCAGGCAGUGUGAAGAGAAAGUCGUGUCGAUUGACAGGUCUAGGGAAUGUGAAAGGUUUAGAUGUAGAUGAAGAAACGCCACGAUUUGAUCGCACUUACCGGGAGGACAGACCUGACACGUUUCGGUUAUCAGUGGCAUCCAUAUCCACUACUACUACAGCUAAGGAAGAACGAGAGCGUAAUGAAAAGAAGAAACAGGAAGCAUUCAAGCAAUGGCUGGCAAGGAAAGACCAAGAGAAACGUGACAAAGCUCGUGUUGAAAAGAUGAAGCGGCAGGUUGGACCCACGCCGUCUCAGGAGCAACGGGAGGAAUCAUACCGGCGGUGGUUGGAGCGAAAACGGACCCAAACGGAGCGUCAACGAGCCGAGGACAUAAUGCGACAGUACCGACACAACGAACAAUUAGAAAGAGAACGAAACAAGCGCGAGAGAGACAAGGAGGAGAAACUAGCAGAGUGGAUUCGUAGGAAGGAAGAAGAAGUAAAAGCAAUGAAGACACGGGAAGAGCGUAGAGCAGCACGCGCUGCUAUCGAGGACGAGCGUAGGCGAGCCAAUAGCGAGCGAGCGUACAGGGACUGGUUGCGUACCAGCAAGAACAAGCCGCUCCCUGUGCCACUCAACCAAGGAGAACUGAGUAUGCGUGGUACCGUAUCACAAAUGUAUAUAAAUCCCAUACCUUGGCAGUAUCCCACAUGAACAUCUAAGGAGAUAUCGUUAUAAUUAAUUGUAGGUAUUUUAAAAUUAACUGAUUAUGAACGUUAAUUUUUUGUGCGCGCGUCAAAAUCACAAUUUUGUGUAAUAUAUUAAACUAUGUUGUAAUGUUUGUUCUUAU